AUGACCAUCUAUAUCCGGCUUCUGCCGUUCUUGGUCCUUUCAUCUUUGGCAGUUGCCCUGAACGACUGGACAAAAGCAUGCUUGAACGGCGAGUGCUCGUAUGACGUCGCUGCAACGAGCCUGUACAUCUCAGGCUCGCCCACUGCCGUUUCGGAUCUUACCUCGGCCGCAGGUUGGGAGAUACUCGAGUGCGACGCUAACAGCACGGCACAAGAUAUACGGGCUGUAUGCGCUGAUCCCACUGCGUCCUGCGAGCAUCUGUUCCAGGGCGGCGCGGUCGGAACAAUCGUACGGUUGCCCGAGAACUGCACAGCGAUGCCCUUCGCUCGAGUCGCGAAGGUAUGGGACCACGAGAACCAGACUCGGGAUAUGCGUCGUCUAGGGAGAUUCUAUACCCCUCGGGCUUCCACAAAUGUGAAGGGUAUCAGCCUCGACACUAACUUCAGCGCUAUCGAUGUGUCCCAAAACGGCAACGUCUCUUUUGUCAUUCGGGGAUCCGAUGAUACUCAGGACCGACGGCGUACCGCUGUUGUUGAGGACAACUUUACGACCUUUAACCAUACGCUCACUUCGGACCCGGCUACUAUCACCUUCGACAACCAAACAAUCCUACUCGACGCCUCUGUACCUGCCGUCUCGAUCGACGGGAACUCCGUGACGGGCGAGGUUCAGAUUGCGGUCACUCCGCAUGUUGAUGUUACGGUCCAACUGGGCGUCGGGGUAGCUGGGACCCUCGUCCCUCCGAAACUCACGGAGCUAGGACUAGUGACGAAUGUGAAUGGCAAGCUAGACGGGACGUUGCAGCUGAAUGCCAGCGGAACGGGUACAUUCACCACCGGUUCGAUUCCUCUGUUCCAAAUCGGCAUCCCAGGACUGGACAUUCCGGGGAUCUUGAGUGUUGGCCCAACAUUCCACAUCAACGCAAAAGCAACAGCCACCGUCGACGUAGGCGUCGGCCUUGACGUGGGUUUCGAAUUCAGCGCAGACAACCUGGAACUAUACUUCCCUCCUGCGUCGACAUCCUCGAGUGGGGACAUCUCGAACGGGCAAAACACCGCACAGGUCAACCUCCUCAGUUCUCCCAACGUCACAUCCAACAGCACCCUCACUUUAGAUCUGAUACCCGGAAUUUCAUUUGGGAUCAGCGCGUUUGAUGGCGUCUCGGAUGCGUCCGUCAGCCUCAACCUCGACAACUUCGUCGAAGUGGACCUCGUGCUGGACAGCAACGGGGACUCCUCUUCCAAUUCGACGUCUAAUGGCACGGAGAGCGCUGUCGCUGGUAGCGUGAACGUCGAGGGCGGUUUCAACGUUGUUGCUGCUGCUGAUGCGACGUUGUUUGGUCUGCUCGACGACACCACGAGUGUGACCUUGUUUUCCAAGACAUUCGAACUGUUCCAGGACAAUUUCUAA